GGUGAAAGCGUUUGUUGCUGGCAGGCAUAUAACUGACCAGUGACCCUGUCUCCCGUAAGAGUCCAUUCCAUAAACUUUCGUCUUCUCUCUUUUCUGCCUGAAGAAAAUAAUAGCAAUGUCAUCUUCCUUCACGAGUCUUCACAUCACCGCGUUAGACUCGAUAGUGAACGUGAACUCCCUUUUCACUCUCGCUGUCUUCAUAGGCCUAACUUGGAACCCUAACGAUCCGGAGAACAAUCUCAACUCCGAUCCGGCGUGCGCUCCCACCUCCGCCAUCGCCGAGAACCUCAUCGCCUUCCACGUCUACUCCUUCAGCUCCUUUCUCUUCUCCAGCCUUGUCGCACUUGCGCUCAAGCAGGCCAUUCGCCUCUCCCGCACCACCUCUUUCCACUACCCCGCCGCCGUCGAACACCUCGUCGCGCACGUCAACCGCAGCUCCCUCCGCGUCGGAAUGCUCGUCUCCGCUGUGGGAUCCGUCUUCGGCUGCUCCUUCCUCAUGCUUGCGCUCGUCAACGUCGCGCAGAUCAAGCUUGGAACGCUUGCCUGCGGAAGCUCGCACACCUACGCCGCCGUCGUUCCGCUUCUCAUCCUCGUCCCCAUUGCGCUCCUCAUCUACGCCUCGCUCGUUCUGUACGCUUUCACUCGCUAGGUUUUCUGUGAACGAAUGCAAUCGCGUUUCACACUAUUACAAUGUUUGAUGCGGCUAAUUUAUGUGUCUUCGUUGAAAUUGUAGAGCUCUAGAUUUCUACUGAGUUUUGGACCUUUGGAGAUGUUCUAAACUCCGAUUCGCUUUUGAAAAUUGAUCCCGACAGCGAUGGCAGCAGCAGCAACAUGGUAAAAGAUGUGAGUAUUAUUCUCUGUUGGUGGAGCUAGUAAUUGUGGAGGUGUAGAAAGCAAGAGCUAUCGCUUUAUUACAAGCAAUUGACUUCACCAACUUUUAUUGAUUUGUUUCGGGGCUGGACAGUAAAUAAGGCCUAUCUUACCAUACAGGCUUUUGCCUCAUUCAUUAACACUUUUGUUCCUUCAAUGAAUACGUGGAAAGGAAUGGAAUGAAUUUGAAGGUAAAUUUUUUUAUUGUUUUUUUAAUGAAUUUGUAGGUAAGUAAAAGUGGAUUUAGAAAUAAAGUUUUGUAAAGAUUAGUGUAAGAUUUGAUUGAUGUAACAGAUUAAAAAAAUUUA